ACAGAUUCAGGAAUAGAACCUCAACCAGUAAAAUGAGGCCAGUUUUUUGUGGGAACCUUGACUACGAUGUUCGCAUUUCCGAGAUUGAGCGACUUUUUGGCAAGUAUGGAAGAGUGGAACGAGUGGAUCUAAAGACUGGAAUAUCAUGGAGCAUAUGUGCUCUUCCUGGUUGAUGGACUGGGCUCUACCUUUCCUGCAUCUGCCCGAGCCCCACCUCAUGUCUUGUCCAUCUCCAGGAGUUCACAGUCCACCAUGGCAUCUGUUCACUUGGCAACGACCACCUCGUGACCGAUGUCUUACAUUUACGAUCAACAUUGCACCCUCCUCCCCCGCCCGAUCACCAUUUCCUCGCCAAUCCAACCAUGCCAAUCUCAUGGCCGGCUGGAGAGAAGUGGAGGUUGCACCACCAAUUCUUUGAUGUGCCACGAAUGUUUGGAUUGUUGUACUCUGACAUUGUUUAGUUCAACAUAUACAAGGGUUUGCAUUCGUCUACAUGGAAGACGAACGUGAUGCUGAAGAUGCUAUCGGUAGACUUGAUGGAGUUGAUUUUGGCAGGAAAGGAAGGAGAAUCAGAGUUGAGUGGACAAAGGAGGAUCGCAGUGCUGGUCGAAAAGGAAGCUCGAGGAGAUCUCCAACCAGCGCAAGGCCAACCAAAACCUUGUUUGUGAUCAACUUUGACCCAAUCAACACAAGAAUUCGAGAUCUGGAGAGGCACUUUGAUAAAUAUGGCAGGGUCGCGAAUGUGAGAAUCAAAAAGAACUUUGCAUUUGUCCAAUUUGAGGUCCAGGAGGAUGCUACUAGAGCAUUGGAGGGUACUAAUGGAAGCCAUUUCAUGGACAGGGUCAUCUCAGUUGAAUAUGCACUUCGUGAUGAUGAUGAAAGAGGUGAAAGAGGGAAUGGAUACAGCCCAGACAGGAGGGGUCGUGAAAGAUCCCCAGGUAGAAGGCGAUCUCCUAGUCCUUACGGCAGAGGACGGGAGAGGGGUAGCCCUGACUAUGGCAGAGGACGGGAGAGGGGGAGCCCGGACUAUGGCAGGGGAGUUGACAGGCGUAGCCCUGAUUAUGGCUCAAAUGGUGGUGGCAGAGGUGACGAGAGGGGCAGCCCCAACUAUGACCACGAGCGCCGUGAAGCUAGCCCUCGUCGCGAGCGCCGUGAAGCCAGCCCUCGUCGCGAGCGCCGUGAAGCCAGUCCUGGCUAUGACAGGCCCCCCAGCAACUCGCCUGGAAGGGACGAGAGAGAUUAAGUACUCCAUGCCUGUGUUCGAGCCAGCCGCUUUGGAUGAAUGUGUCAACUGAUGUUAUAUUGAAGUUGGUAAUGUUAGGCAGCAGGAAACUUCUGUACCAUCUGUGUUAGCUUGUAUUGAACGCGCGAUGUUUGCUAAUAUUUCCCGUUUCUCUGUGAAGCAACUCCAGAAUGUAACUCAUGUAUUGACUGGUAGCUUUCAGUACUUCAGUUGAACAUUCUUGUUGGCGAUAUUUCUUUUUUUUUCUUCUUA